CCAGUGGAUGGCGUCGAUUGCUAGUCAGUAUAUGAACUUUGAUCUACAUAGAAAAGGAUCGCCUCAAAGUCAAACUUCAUUAGGCAUGUGAGAGAAGAGGACAUGGUAUGACAUCUGUUUGAGGGUGGUAGCGUUCUGGACAAAUGGAGGACUUCUGGGGUGUAGCAAUUUCGGUGUUGAGGAUGUGGUUCUCACUGGUAGUCGGGCUCAUCAUGCUGCCAGCAAUGUUUGGUGUCUCCCUGGGGAUAACAGAAUCGUACAUGAAGGUCUUAAUCAAAACCCUGAAGUGGGCCACUAUGCGGAUACAGAGGGGAGCCCAGGAACAACAGGAACAACAGACACUGAAGGCCUCUGCAUCCAAUGAAAUUAUCCAGAGGGAUGAAGGUUCCAUGGAGCAGGAGAUUGGGGAGCUACGGCGCAGUCAGCCGAAGCACCAGGAGGGCGGGGACUUCGCUCUCAGCGAUGUCUUCUACUUCAGCAGGAAGGGCAUCGAGACCAUUGUUGAGGAUGAGGUCACUCAGAGGUUCACAUCCGAGGAGCUGGUCUCCUGGAACCUGCUCACACGCACCAACCUCAACUUCUACUAUAUCAGUCUCCGGCUCACCAUCCUAUGGGGAGUGGGCGUUGUGGUGCGUUACUGUAUCCUUCUCCCUCUGAGAAUUACCCUGACAUGUAUAGGUCUAACCUGGCUGGUGAUAGGGACAACAUUGGUUGGGUUUCUCCCAAACAUAAGGGUGAAGAAUUGGCUAAGUGAGCUUGUCCAUGUCAUGUGCUACAGGAUCUGUGCAAGGGGCCUUUCAGCUGUUAUCCACUACCACAAUAAAGAAAACAGGCCCAAAAGAGGGGGAAUUUGUGUUGCUAAUCACACCUCGCCAAUCGAUAUAGUCAUUCUUGCCAAUGAUGGCUGCUAUGCUAUGGUUGGUCAAGUCCAUGGUGGCCUCAUGGGAGUGAUUCAGAGAGCCAUGGUGAGGUCCUGUCCACACAUCUGGUUUGAGCGAGCGGAGAUGAAAGAUCGCCACCUUGUGACUCAGAGGCUGAAAGAUCAUGUGAAUGACAAGACCAAGCUUCCCAUAUUGAUUUUCCCUGAGGGAACAUGCAUCAACAACACAUCAGUCAUGAUGUUUAAAAAAGGAAGUUUUGAGAUUGGUGGCACAAUCUACCCAGUUGCUAUAAAGUAUGACCCCCAGUUUGGCGAUGCCUUCUGGAACAGUUCUAAGUACAACAUGGUGAGCUAUCUGCUGAGAAUGAUGACAAGUUGGGCCAUCAUGUGCAAUGUCUGGUAUCUUCCUUCCAUGACUCAAGAGGAUGGGGAAGAUGCAGUUCAAUUUGCCAACAGAGUCAAAUCCGCAAUCGCUCGCCAGGGCGGACUAGUAGAUUUAUCCUGGGAUGGGGGCUUGAAGAGAGGAAAAGUGAAGGAGACGUUAAAGGAGCAGCAACAGAAGCAGUAUAGCAGUAUGGUGGUCGGAGAGGACAGCAGUGGCAGUGGCGACGCCAGUGAUUGAUCUGUUCAACUUCAACUAAGCCACCAGAGCCACCAGAAAGAGGGUUAACGAUGGGACAAGUUUCUCAGCACCUUUCAUGGCAAAGGUUUAGAGUCUUCCACCACGGGAACUGAAUGGUGUUUUGGGGAAUGGAAUGGAUUCAUGGGGGAUUGAAUCACUUUACUUUGAUCGAGAGAUGUUUUACUUGAUAUUCAAGAAAGUAUGAAGCUCAGGUUAGGAUUUGUCAUGUAUUGUGUGUCGCAUUACAGAGUUGCACGUUGUGUAAGACAUGCUCUACUAAUUCGAAAAUAAAGUUUUAGGCACUCUGAAGCGUAAA